AUGGUUCGCGUCAACUUCCUCAUUGCCCUGGCUCUGGCCACUGGCUCUCUGGCUGCCUCCAACUGCCAGGCAAAGGACAACGCCUGCCGCACUGCUCCCAGCGCCAACAUGGCCCAGUGUGCUGCCGAUAAGGCGGCCUGCUGCUCGACUGCCUACGACGACUGCCGUGGUGCUCCUAAUGCCAACAUGGCCACUUUCCAGUACAACUCUUGCCGUGUCGGGCCCGAUGCGAACAUGUCAUCCUGUGUCGCUGAGCACGCCAGCUGCUGCUCGGAUGCCUUCGAUCUCUGCCGCGGUGCCCCCGGUGCCAACAUGGCUCAGUGCGCUUCUGAGAACGCCGCCUGCAAGAACCAGAAGUGA